UACAUAAGGACAAAAGUCAUUUAUAAUGGAUAAUAACCAUUAUUCUUGUAGGAUUUAAAUUUUCCAAGAAUUAUGAAUGAGUCGAUGUCAGUGCUGUAGUUGAUUAUCUGAUGUUCAGUUCGAGUUUUUAUUCAUUCUUUUCACUAUAUUUAUUUUAUUUUUUGGCAUUCAUAUUUGGUAUCGAUUAAUGAUUGUUUUGUGCGAAUAUUCACUUAAUAUCAAAUUAUAUGGAGAAUACUUAUAUAGGUAGCCUAAUUUACUUUGAAAUUAAUCCAUAAGAAUGCGUUUUUUUUUUUGAAGAGCCCAGGUUCAAGUGACGUAUUCUAAAUUUAAUAAUUUAAUUUGCUUAUUUGAACUGAUUAAUGAGUUGUAUAAGCCAUGUUAAUAUUAAUCUAAACAAUUAAUGAAACCUUAUUCUUUUGAAAUAUUAGUUAACGACUAUAUAAAUCGAAUCUCUUUAUUCCUUAUUCUAAAUGGUAGGUUCCAUCACACAGGUUUGAGGAAUAUAUUGUUUUUUUUUGUUUUUUUUCUUGGUGUGUGCGUGAGUGUGUGUGUGAGUUUUCCAAUGACGGUUUUUGAAUUUAGCUUUUUUACCAGAUGUUCCACCAAUUCUCUAAAAUACGAGUACACAUAUUUCACUCAUGAUGAAUAAUGAAGAAGAUAACUGUGUGCUAUUGAAUAGUAUUGAUGAAGUUAAUCUCUCUCAUAUUCCACAAAGUAAUAAUUUGACAAUUCUUCAUCAAAACAUACAAGGCAUAAGCAGUAAUUUUGAUAAAUUUGUAACUUAUUUGAGCUGUUGGAAUGUAAGGCCUGCAAUAGUUGUGUUAUCUGAAGUGUGGUUGGAUACAGAUGAUCAGGUAUCGCAUUAUUUUAUUGAAGGAUAUGAAUUUUAUUCACAUAUUUCUACUUUUACUAGAGCCACUGGUAUUGUAGUUUAUUAUUCCAGCGAACUAGUUGAUUUCAAUUGUAAUUUGACCGACUGUGAAUUGAGCGGUGCGGAUGUACUAUAUCUACAGUGCGCCUUAUCAAAUUACAAUUUCAAUCUGAUUUGUCUUUAUCGAUGGCAUGGCUUUGACUGUGAUAGAUUUCUUUCAAGUCUUGACUCAGUUGUAGCUCGUUCAACAACCUGCGAUACUGUCUUGAUAGGAGACGUCAAUAUCAAUAUUCUUAUCAAUGAUGAUAAUAAAGUUGACAGCUACUUAGAAAUUCUCAGUUGUUAUGGCUUUGAACCAGUAAUCAACAUACCUACCAGAGUAACUGAAACAACGGCAACUCUAAUUUACCAUGUCUUUAUUAGAUCGCGGACCUUCACACAUUUUGUUAGGGGCGCAGUAAUUGAAACCUUAAUAGGUGAUCAUAGAGCUGUGUCCCUGACUCUCCGAUCAAAUACCAUGUCAAACAUUGAGGGUGCUAACAGCUCUGUCAGUGGUCCAGCCAAUACCUCUGCCAGUGGGUCAGCAACCGCAAAUCGAAUCUUUGUUGAUGGAGAGGACAUAAAACCAUUAAUAUUCGGUAACAUGAAGGACCUGCAGCAGGGACAGCUGUAUGACAUGAAGGCGGUGCGGAGACUUACAACUAGAUAUGGAGAGAAAAUCACAAUCGGCCUUGAAAAAGAGCAUGAAAUACUAUGAGUAUUUGCACCAUCUCAAUACACCGAAACAAUG